AUGAUGACGACUAUGAUUUUGAAAGCUUGCAUAGAUGAUAUUCACAAGAUACAACGGAAGUUUUUAUGGGGAGAGAAUACAAACGAGAGAAAGUUUCGUGUAGUGGGGUGGCAGCAAGUGAAUAUGUCGAAGAUUAGUGAAGGGCUAGGGUUGCGAAAGUUAGGCAUUAUGAAUAAAGCAUGUGUAGCUAGAUUGAGCUGGAAGAUGCAGGCUGGUUGUAGGGAUCUUUGUAGUGAAGUUUUGCGAGGAAAGUAUGUUAGAAAUGGAGAGGAUGGAGACAUGAUAGCGAAACCAAAUUAUUCAGCCUUAUGGAAAGGUAUGGUUAGAGUUAUGCCUGAGUUAAAUGAUUACAAUUAUUGGGUGAUUGGAGAUGGGAAGACGGUGGAUGCAUGGUCAGACUGUUGCAUUUCUCCAGGAUUUUGA